AUGAAUGCAAAUCCUGCUUAUUCGAACACUGCUGAAAACGAAGUUUCAAAUCCAUCGAAUUUGUCUACUGCACCACAAAACCCAUCGGCAGAUGGCGCUAGUAGUUCAGAAAUUAAAAGACUAGUUGAAACAGUUGUUGAUAUUCAACAAAGGGCUUCAUUGCCAAAUGAAGAACCAGAAGUUUUUGAUGGUGAUUUAUUGAGAUUUCCUAUAUGGCUUGGAGAUUUUGAAGAUCUUAUUGAAAGAAAUGUUCGAAACCCUAACAGGCGUCUUCGUUAUCUUUUGAAGUAUACAACUGGAGAUGCAAGAAAGGCUAUUGAAGGUUUCAUGGGCAUAGAUGAUGAAAACGCAUAUAAUGAAGCAAAAGCGACACUAAUGGAGUGGUAUGGGGACUCGGCUACAAUAUCCAGAGCUUACAAGCAAAGACUGAAGCAAUGGCCUAUCAUACCUAUGAAUGAUGGCGGAAAAGGAAUGCGUGAGUUUUGUCAUUUUCUUACUAGUUGUAAGCUAUUGGUAAAAAAUUCUACGUUACUGAAGAAAUUGGAUGAUGAAGACUUAAUCCAAGUUCUUGUUUUGAAAUUGCCAAAGUCGGCAAGAGAUAGAUGGUCGUCAAAUGCAUGUGAAUAUCACAGAAAACAUGGAAGCUUUCCACCAUUUUCUGAAUUCUGUGAUCAUGUCAAGAAAAUAUCGAAAGUAACUACACUUCCUCUGUAUGGAACUGGAGUACUUGAUGAACUUGUGGCUAACAAUAAGAAAGCUGCAAAUGUACCCGUUAGAAGAAGGACUUAUAAUAGAGGUUCUCACUCGUACUCUAUUGAUGCAAGCGAAGAAGUUCACAGUUCUCGACAAACAGCUACGUCGAAAACUACCCAUUUCUCAGAUUCGUGUGUGUGUUGUAAAGGAUCACAUGAUCUGAAUGAUUGUACAGCUUUUCUCAAGAAAUCUUACAAUGACCGAAUCGAAUUUAUCAAGUCAAAUGGCAUAUGUUUUGCAUGUCUAAGAAAAGGUCAUCGUUCGAAAGGAUGCACCAAAAGAAAGACUUGCAAAACUUGUGGUAAAGGUCACCCUACUGCCAUACAUUCAGAAGAAUUCGUUCGCAAGGUCAAGACGAAGAUAGAUUCAAAUGAAGAAAAUAGUUUAACGAAUGCUGAUUGUAAGAAAAGUAUAAUCUGUCAUGCAUCAGAAGCUCGAGAAGUUAUUCGAACUACAAGGAUUGUACCAAUACAAAUACUUUGUGCUGAUCGACCAAGCAAGAAAUUAAAAGUUUAUGCAAUUUUAGAUGAACAAUCUGAUACCACAUUCAUUUCGGAUGAUGUCAGACGAAGCUUGGAAUCAAAUGGAUUUAAGGUGAGAUUGAACCUUUCUACUAUGACCAGUUCGACUGUGGUGGAUUCAUACAAGAUUAUGGGCUUGCAAAUUUUAGGUUGUAAUGGCCACAAGAUAAAUUUGCCUCCAUGUUACACAAGAGAUUCCAUCCCAGUGAAUCGUAAUCAAAUUAUAGACAAGAGGGUUCUGAACAAGUAUACAAAGUUCCAAGAUAUUCUAGAUGAAAUCCCGGACUGUGAUCCUAAUAUUGAUAUUGGUAUACUCAUUGGCACUGAUUGUAUGCAGGCAUUGCGUCCGUUGCAAAUUAUAUCAGAUGCCGACACAGAAAGUUAUGCUAUCAAAACAGCAUUAGGAUCAAUUUGUACCUAUAAAUCAAGUUAA